AUGAGUCAACAGGGUUAUGUUGCUGCGCCUCCGUACUCCCAGGCCCAGCCAGGGAUGGGAGGUUACCAAGGUGGAUUUGGGUCUGGUCCUCCACAGAAUAUGUACGGGCACUACAGUGGGCCGCCUCAAGCGUUCAAUGCUCCACCUGCAGGUAUGAUGAAAUCUCCAGUUUCCACGGCCUCUGGCAUGCCACCACCUCCAGUAUCCAGUCAGUACAAUCCAAAUGUCCAGCAGAAUGGUGCCCAUCCACAAAGGUACCCUGCUCCCCCUGCUGUGUCAGCUGCUUACGGACAACCUCCACCAGCACCAUACAACAGCAUGGUGUCUCCUGGCCCGCCUCCAGUGCAGCAGCUGACCAAUCAGAUGAGCGCUAUGAACUUGGGCAGUUAUGCCUCUGGUCCCAUGCAGAGCCCUCCUCCUCCUCCAGCAAGCUCUGUGGCUCAGCAGCCUUUUCAGACCGCCCCUCCUCCAGCGAUGGGACAGCCUCCAGCCCCGCAGUCACCCCUCAUGUCACCCCAGAUGUCUCCACCGCAGUCACCCCCAGCAAGCAUGCUGCCAGGCCAGGCGAUGGCUGGUCCACCAAUGGCGGGCAUGGGGAGACCUUUUCCUGGGCCACCUCCUCCAGGUCCUGGAGGUUUCCAGCAGCCCGGACCCGGACCCGCUGGUCCACCAGGAUACCCACAGCAACCAGGUUCGUUUGGGGGACAACUAGCUGGGCCUCAGCCAGGCAUGCCGGGGGCCUUUCCUGGAGCACCAGGCGCAAUGGCAGGCCCACCUCAGAAGAAACUGGACCCUGACUCUAUCCCGAGUCCAAUUCAAGUCAUCCAGGACGACCAGGUAAAACAAGGCGGGCAGGUCUUCAGCACAAACAUCAGAGGACAGGUUCCACCUUUGGUCACCACAGACUUUACAGCGCAGGAUCAAGGCAAUGCCAGUCCCAGGUUCAUACGAUGCACGACCUACUCGCUGCCCUGCACGGCUGAUCUGGCCAAACAGUGCCAAGUACCUCUGGCUUCCAUCAUUAAACCCUUUGCAAGCUUGCCAAAGAAUGAGGCGCCUCUGUACGUGGUGGACCACGGUGAGACCGGCCCCGUGCGCUGCAACCGCUGCAAGGCCUACAUGUGUCCCUACAUGCAGUUCAUCGACGGCGGCCGACGCUUCCAGUGCGGCUUCUGCAACUGUGUCAAUGAAGUGCCUGUUUUCUACUUCCAACACCUUGACCACAUGGGCCGCAGGGUGGACUUCUAUGAGAGGCCUGAGCUGUCUCUGGGUUCCUAUGAGUUUGUGGCCACAAUGGACUACUGCAAGAACAACAAGGCCCCGAAUCCUCCUGCCUACAUCUUCAUGAUUGAUGUGUCCUAUAACAACAUCAAGAGCGGCCUGGUCAAGCUGAUAUGUGAUGAGCUCAAGACUCUGCUGGAGAAGCUGCCCAGAGACGAAGGCAUGGAGAGUUCACCCAUCAAGGUUGGCUUUGUUACCUACAACAAGAUCCUUCACUUCUACAACGUGAAGAGCGCUCUGGCCCAGCCGCAGAUGAUGGUGGUGUCCGACACGGCCGAGAUGUUCGUCCCUCUGCUCGACGGCUUCCUCGUUAACUACCAAGACUCCAGAGCGGUUAUUUACAACCUGCUGGAUCAGAUCCCCGACAUGUUUGCAGACACCAACGAGAGCGAAACGGUCUUCGCUCCUGUCAUCCAGGCCGGCGUGGAGGCAUUUAAGGCUGCAGAAUGUAGUGGGAAGCUCUUCAUCUUCCAUUCGUCCAUGCCCACCGCCGAGGCUCCGGGGAAACUCAAGAACAGGGACGACAAAAAGCUGGUCAACACGGAGAAAGAGAAAACUCUCUUCCAGCCGCAGAAAGCCGUGUACGAGCAGCUGUCCAAAGACUGCGUGAUGCACGGCUGCUGCGUGGAUCUCUUCCUCUUUCCCAGCCAGUACGUGGACCUGGCCAGCAUGGCCGACGUGCCGUCGCACACCGGAGGCUCCGUCUACAAGUACAACAACUUCCAGGUGGAGACGGACGGCGAGCAUUUCCUGCGAGACCUGAGAAAAGACGUGCAGAAGAGCCUUGGCUUUGACGCCAUAAUGCGAGUUCGCACCAGCACAGGCUUCAGGGCCACGGACUUCUUUGGCGCCAUUCACAUGAACAACACGACCGACGUCGAGAUGGCCGCCGUGGACUGUGACAAGGCCGUGACGGUGGAGUUCAAGCACGACGACAACCUCAGCGAGGAGAACGGAGCGCUCAUCCAGUGCGCCUUGCUGUACACCACCAUCAACGGGCAGCGGCGUCUCCGCAUCCACAACGUCAGCCUGAACUGCAGCUCGCAGUUAUCCGAGCUGUACAAGAGCUGCGAGACCGACUCGCUCAUCAACUUCUUUGCUAAGUCAGCUUACCGUGCCAUAUUGAACCAGCCUGUGAAGAAUGUGAGGGAGAUCCUGGUCAACCAGACGGCCCACAUGCUGGCCUGCUACAGGAAGAACUGCGCCAGUCCCUCUGCUGCCAGCCAGCUCAUCCUGCCCGACCCCAUGAAAGUGUUCCCAGUUUACAUGAACAGCCUGAUGAAAACGGCGCCCCUGGUGGGCAGCACAGAGCUCCCCACGGACGACAGGGCGCAGCUCAGACUGUCGGUCAUGGCCAUGGGAGUGGAGGACACACAGCUGCUGCUCUACCCACGCCUCAUACCCCUGCACAACGUCGACGUGAGCAGCGAGGGGCUUCCUGCUGCCGUGCGCUGCUCCGAGGAGCGUCUCGCAGACUCCGGCGUCUUCCUGCUGGAGAACGGUCACUUCAUGUUCCUGUGGCUGGGUCAAGCCCUCUCUCCUGAACUCACCCAGAGCAUCUUCAACCUGCCCUCCCUCGCCCACCUGCAAGGACACAUGUGUGCACUCCCAGAACUGGACAACCCGCUGUCAACAAAGGUGCGAUCCAUCAUCAAUGACCUUCUGGACAAAAGGCCGAACUCUAUGAAGCUCCAGAUCGUGAAGCAGAGAGACAAACCCGAGAUGCUGUUCCGUCAGUUCCUGGUGGAGGACAAAGGUCUGCACGGCGGAGCUUCCUACAUGGACUUCCUUUGCUACGUCCACCGAGAGAUCAGGCAGCUGCUCACUUAACCCGUCCCCCCCCCACCCCACCCCACCCCACAACAUCUACAGCGCACAACACAGUAUGAUCUUCAAAUAACCGCGCGCCGCUUUGAGGGAAGUUUCCAUAGAUGUGGAGGAACAAAGUGGAAAAACACAUCCAGCAUUGAAGCCCUGGACACACUCUGUGUGAUGGACUGACUGGAAUGACCUCCAUGCUCGCCACUGAAAUGCUUUUUGGCAUAAAGCCUGUUGGCAGAAGCAAUAAAACCUCCAACUGGUUAAAACAUUCAUUUCACUUUAGAUCCAAAGGAUAUGGAUAUAUAUAUAUAAGAGGUUUUUUUUUUCUGGGCCAUAUCGAUGUUUUCUCGCGUCCGAAACGACUCCCAUCAAAAGUAUAAACUCUUUGAAAUAAGUAAAUGUUCAAAGAAUAUUCUUAAUAUUUUUUUUUUUUUUUUUCAUUUUAUAAUUGCUGCUCUCUGACAGGAAAUGCAUUACAAACAGCUCUUCUUACUAAUGCUUCAUUUACCAGAAACACUUCUGGAGGACAAGCCGCGAUGGGCUCCCUGGACACACUCGGCCCCUUUAUCACACCGCGAGUGAAUCAAGACGUUUUGCACAUGCCCCUCCUUAAACAUCUCUCUCCGUUCAUUUAUGUUGCGUCUUCACAAUAUGCUGAAAAUGAUCCCUUGAAAUGAAAUGAAGAAAGACCUUCCCAUGGGUCUGGAUGGAAAACGAGCCCCUUCCUUUAAAAAAAAAAAAAAGAAAAAAAGAAAAAAAAGGGAAAGAGUCUAAAGACUUGAUCAUCUUUGUAAAUGACUGCCUGCUUACUGUUUAA